AUGGAUUUGGUACCGCUGUCGCAGUCUCAUAGCCCAUCCGAAGAGUCCCAACCAUCAGAAAGCACUGCAACAUCUACAGUAGGGUGGACCACGACAUGUGAGUUACAAAAUAUAAACUUUACUAAACAGAAUGCGUUUUCCGGCAACCCUGGACAAACUCCAAUAACAUUUUUCAACUUCUUCUUCGAAGACGAUUUUCUUGUUAUGAUUUGCGAAAAAACUAAUGCUCAAGCUGCCAAGUUACUAGGAAACACCGUAUUAGCAAAUUCAAGAAUAAAUGCUUGGAAGGAGUUGAAUAUUCCUGAGCUGAGAAUAUUCUUAGGCUUAUUAUUUCACAUGGGGUUCAUUCAAUUCAAAAAUUAUUGGAAAACGAAUCGUUUAUUUUCAAUAACUAUUUUUGGGCGAUUUAUGAGUAGAAACAGAUAUCUGCUUAUAAUGAUAUGUCUCCACUUCAGCUCAGAGACAGUGAUUGACCCAGACCCACUGUACAAAAUACGCAGCGUCAUAGAUUAUUUCAAUCAAAAAAUGGAUAGCUGCUAUUAUCCUGCGAAAGAGUUGUCUUUGGACGAGAGUAUGGUGCUAUGGAGAGGACGUCUCAAAUUUAGACAGUACAUCAAAAAUAAAAAACAUAAAUAUGGAGUCAAACUGUACAUGCUGACUGAAUCUGAUGGUCUCAUUCUCAAAUUUCGUGUUUAUGCAGGGAGCCAAGACAUUGAAGUGGCAGGAAAAGGGCACGCAGAAAAAGUUGUGAUGCAAUUGAUGGAAAAGCAUCUUCAGAACGGCCACUCAUUGUAUAUGGACAACUAUUACAAUAGCUUCCAUUUGGCAAAGCGUCUUUUAGAAAAUAGAACAUACUGCACUGGAAACUUGCGAAAAGAUUUGAAGGAAAAUCCAAAGGAAGUUUACCAAAAAAACACUGAAAAAAAGGUAAAAAUAUAUCACGUUUUCAAAAAAGUGAACACAUCGGAAAGUGGAAAGACAAACGCCCAGUGA